AUUUAUAUCUACCCAUGAAGUUUGAAGGUUUCAUACAUACAAUCUUAGACUAGACACUAGAUAUCUACUAGAUUCUAGAUCUAUAGUCUACAAGUUAGAAGUUCUCGUUAAUGACCAACAUGGCAUCUGCUGGAAUGUAUCUCAAGUAUCUAACUAUUUAAAUGUUAUCCAGAAUCUAUAAAAGCUACAGAUCCGUCUUGAAAAUGAAAUUAUCAUUUAGGUUAAGGAAUAUUGAAAUAUUUUAACAUCCUUUUUUUUUGGAAAUGUUCAAAAGAAUGACAUUGCCAUUCACUGGAAACAAAGUGUAAAUCAAUUGAAGUUGGAAAGCAAUGAGGUUGACAAGAUUGUCUAGAAAAACAAUAAGAUACCUUCGGAAAAGAAAGACUUUUCUUAGGGUUUUCAUGGCUGGGUUUUUGUUGGGUACAAUAGUUACUUGUUUUUUUGACUAUUAUGAACCAGAUGAGUGUAAAAAACUUUUAGCAAAUAUUAGUGAAGAAAAAAAUACUGAAAAUUUUGAACCAUAUGUGCUCCAAUAUGUUAACCAUACAAGUGCUGAACCUUUUUUAAAAAAACGUAAUCGACCAAUAUUUGCUGCUACAGAACUAAAUAUUAGGGAGAAACUGUUUAUUGCUGUGCUAUCAUCAGAACAAAGUCUCAAUACCUUGGGUGUUGCAAUCAAUAAAAGUAUAGGGCAUUAUAAAGCUAAAGUUGCUUUUUUUGUUGAUAGAAAAUCCUCUAUUGUACCCAAUGGAAUGUUGCUGGUGAACUUUAAUGAUGGUUAUAAACAAUAUUUGCCUUUCAAUACCCUGAAGUAUAUGAUCAAAGAAUUUGGAUCUUGGUAUGACUACUAUAUGCUACUUUCUGAUAGAGGAUAUAUUCGUGCUGAAAAUGUAUUCAACUUUGUUAGUCAUAUCAGUGUGAGCAAGCAGGUCUAUCUUGGAUCACCUACCAUAAAAGAUGGCAAUACAAUAUUGUGUGCAUUAGAAGGAGGAAUACUUCUUUCACAAUCUUUCUUAGAUCAGAUAAACAGUAGCCUUAAGUGGUGCAUAGCAAAUAGCAACAGCACUGAUGAAAGUGUCAAUUUAGGUCGAUGUUUGUUUCAUGCUUUAAGAAAGGAUUGUCAGAAUUCUACUUAUAGUAAACUGUAUGCUUCAUAUCACCUCCAAAGUUUUAACUUCACUAAAGAUAUAGACAGUCUUGCAAAAAUAAAAGACUUCAACAGUUCGUUGUCUAUUUAUCCCAUUUUGGACAAUAUUACUCAUUACUCAGUUCAUAGAUAUUUCUGUGAAGUUGAACUAAGUUCAAUAAAAAAUGAAAUACAACAGAUUAAAGAGGAUAUGUAUAAUAAAAGUGAAUAUGCACCAGGUGGUAGAGAUAGUGUUUCCUGGCCAAUAACUGUCCCAGAAUCUUACAAACCAAGAAAUAAAUUUGAUGUUAUAAAUUGGGUUUAUUUCACUGAAACACACAUAUUUUUUCAAGAUGAGUUUUCCAAUGUAAAAAUUUUGAUAGGAGCUGACAAGCAGGACAUUCAAAGCAUUAUCAAAACUGCUGUUGUUAAACUUAAUGAGAUCUAUGGCAACAGAUACCUCUACUCCCAUCUCAUUAAUGGAUACAGGAAAUUCGACCCAAUUAGAGGUAUGGAGUAUAUCCUUGACCUUGCCUUGAUAGACAGACUGUCAAGUAAUGAAUCAAGUUAUCAUAAUACAUCUAAAACUGUUGAGAAGAGGCUUUUCCUUGUCAGACCUCUUGGAGAGGUAGAAUUUGUGCCAAUGCCCCAUGUUGAAGAAUUACAAAGAAUUAACAUUGUUUUGACCUUAAGACCUAAUGAUCUAGACUUCAGCACAUCGUUUCUGGAGAAUUAUGUUCAGUUGCAGGGGCCCCCUUACAACAAAAUACUAGCACUGACUAUAGUUUUUAUGUAUGAGCAAAAGCCUCUAGUCCAAAAUGAAGAUCUUUAUGCAGUGUUAAAAUCUAUGUUACCUCACUAUGAAAAACAAAGUGGAAAAGCUGUAAAUAUAAGAGCCAUCAACUUCAGCACAAAUGGCACAUUUACACCAGAAUUCCAAAUAAUGGACAAGAUAAGUGAUCUACUUGAACCAAAUGCUUUGAUACUUACAUGUACAGUUGGCAUGUUGUUAAAUUCUGAAAUGUUAAAUCGAGUUGGUAUCAACACUAUUCCAGGCUGGCAAGUAUUUUUUCCAAUAGGUUUUUGGCAAUAUAAGCCAAAUAUUAUUUAUAACAAGAAGCCAUUUCCAAUAAACUUUGAAUUUAAUAGUAGAACAGGGCAUUAUGAUGUAUUGUCUUAUGAGCAUGGAAGUUUCUACAAUUCUGAUUACAAAGAUGCUAGGAAGUCAUUUUCCAUUGAAGAGUUAAUGAAAUAUGAUUUAUACGAGAUGUUUGUUAGGUAUGACAAAGUUCAUGUCUUUAGAGCAGUGGAGCCAGAUUUCAAACAUUAUUACAUGCAGUUAGAUUGUCCAGUUAACAUUCCCACUCAAUUUUAUGAAAGAUGUCUUGAAAGAAAAUCACUGAACUUGGCAACUCGAGCACAAUUAGCCAAAAGGAUUUUUCAAUUUCAGGAAAAAAGAAACUCACAGAAUAAAACACAAACACAAUCUUGAAAUUCAUCUUCCUUUAAAUGUAUUUAGAAUUGAAUGAGUAUGUUAAAUUAUUUCUUAACGUUGCUAUGUCUUUAGUAUAGGGACAUAUCCAUUCAUGUUUAAAGUUUGAUAUCCUGCUAUAAAGGUAACUCUCUAAAAAAAAAAACUUUCUCAUAAUUCAGCAGAUACAUGCUUAAGUUGUAUUUCUAAUUUCUUUUUUUUUCUUGAAUUAAUCUCAUUCUUGUUUUCCAAAUUAAAAAGAAUCAAUAUCUAUGGAACAGUAAGACAACAUAUAUCCUCUACAUUUUGUAAAAAUACAAAAGCUGUGUAGAUCUGAGGGCUUUGAAAAGUAAAACUAGUUACUUUUCCCAUGCAGAAAUUUUCAUU